UUUGUGAGCAACAAAUCCACCACCACUACCAGCCCACCAACCCUGCGCCCUCUCUUUUCCCCUCCAUAGUUCCACCCUCGUGAGGUUGACAAAACCAUCAAAUUGUCUGGUCGUAGUCACAAGCACUCGAUGGUUAUCUUCUGGCACAGGGAGAGCCCGACUGUUCAGUGUUGUCCAGCACGACGGACCACGCGAAACGGAGCCUUGUGACCACUUCCGCGUGCUGACUGUUCCCGAGUGCUUCAGUGAUAGUAGCUGGUUCCUCAGGCAUCCUGCGGUGUACAGGAGUGAUGGUAAGCCUGUGAUUCUGGUACAAGGACAGACAUUUCGUGAAGCGUAGUUUCAUAUCUAUCGAGUGAAGUGCAGAGGACUCAUGCCUGGACACAGUACAGACACAGCUCCAUGUUUGGUGUAAGGGCCUACAUACAGUAGUUUUCUUGCGCAACAUAAGCUCGCACACGCUGUAAAACAAAAGCCCGCAAGACGCGGUCCGAGGACUUCACGUGCGGAGAUCGCGGAUACGUGGGGGCCACGGCGUCCCCGUGGCCAGCGCUGUCGUUGCCGGCCACAGCGGCGGCAGCGGCGGCGGCAGCCCCGCCCCCCGUGGAGUUGGAUCCUGUCGCAGCCGCGUGGGGACGCAAGCUGUAUCCACCACCGGGUCCCACACGUGGGGUCGGACCCGGCGGUCUCAUGUUCGGCCUUCACCACCACCAGGACGCAGCCACAGCGGCGGGACUUCACCACCACCACCACCACCACCACCAACCGCGAGGUCCUGUCACCAGCCUCAAAGAGGAACCGCUCUCUACGUCCCAACUGGCGGCUGCCAGGUCAUGGAUGCAGCCCGCAGUCGUCGAUCAGAGCAGCGUGGGAAUCGGACGAGCGCACUUCGAGAAACAGCCUCCCAGCAACCUACGGAAGUCGAACUUCUUCCACUUUGUGAUCGCCCUGUACGACAGGGCAGGGCAGCCGGUUGAAAUCGAGCGAACUGCCUUCAUCGGUUUCAUCGAGAAAGAUCAGGAGACUGAAGGCCAGAAAACCAACAACGGCAUCCAGUACCGCCUACAACUGCUUUAUGCAAAUGGAGUGCGCCAAGAGCAAGAUAUUUACGUCAGGCUUAUCGACUCCGUCACGAAACAGGCCAUCAUGUACGAGGGCCAGGACAAGAACCCGGAGAUGUGCCGUGUGCUGCUGACGCAUGAAGUCAUGUGCAGUCGAUGUUGUGACAAGAAAAGCUGUGGGAACAGGAAUGAGACCCCGUCUGAUCCAGUUAUCAUCGACAGGUUCUUCCUGAAGUUCUUCCUCAAGUGCAAUCAGAAUUGUCUCAAAAACGCAGGGAACCCUCGGGAUAUGAGAAGAUUUCAGGUUGUUAUAUCAACGCAAGUUGGAGUGGAUGGACCACUUCUAGCCAUUUCGGACAAUAUGUUUGUCCACAAUAACUCCAAACAUGGCCGCAGAGCGAAGCGGCUAGACCCAGCCGAAGGUAUGUACUGCUUGUACCCUCCCCUUCCCGUAGCGACCCCAUGCAUCAAGGCGAUCAGCCCGAGCGAGGGAUGGACAUCGGGGGGCUCGACGGUCAUCAUCAUUGGCGACAACUUCUUCGACGGCCUCCAAGUUGUCUUCGGCACAAUGUUGGUCUGGAGCGAGCUGAUCACGUCGCAUGCGAUACGAGUGCAGACUCCACCGAGACACAUCCCCGGAGUGGUUGAGGUGACGCUGUCUUACAAAUCCAAGCAGUUUUGUAAGGGGGCCCCCGGAAGAUUCGUCUACGUAUCUUUGAACGAACCGACAAUAGACUACGGGUUUCAGCGGCUCCAGAAACUCAUACCACGUCAUCCAGGGGAUCCGGAAAAGCUUCCCAAGGAAAUCAUCCUGAAGCGAGCGGCAGACCUGGCGGAAGCUCUGUAUAGCAUGCCACGCAAUAAUCAGUUGGCACUAUCAGCCCCACGCUCCCCUACAAUGACCAACAAUGGGAUGCCUUCGGGAUUCAACACGUACACGGGCCAGCUCGCAGUCAGCGUCCAGGAGAACGGAAACGGUCAGUGGACUGAAGAGGAGUACGGCCGAACACAGAGUAGUAGCGUCUCUCCACGUGGGGGCGGCUACGGCUCCAGCGCUUCGACGCCUCACUCUUCUAAUGGUGGCGGUUCAUAUGUGACGGGGGCGUCCACUGGCGUCACAAUGAAUGGUAGCUACAGCACCGCAACCCCGGGUACAGGUACGGGCAGCGGAGCAGCAACGGGCGGAACGGGCUCACAGCUCACCAAUAUGGGUGUUCCCGGCUCACCCGCCACGUCGGGACUCUUCAAUUCUUCACUUAUGUGUAUGGAUACUUAUGAAUUAGGAAGCCAGCAUCAAUUUGAUUCUCCUGAGCAUUACUUCACAAUGAAACGUUCAUUUGCUCCUGCGAUGGGCUCUACCUCACGAACCCCCAUGCCCGUUCACCCCACAAACAGACACCACAUGGCUGUUCAAUGGGUUGGAAGUUUGGUGUCAUCCCCCUUCGCAACAAUGAACCCUUUCGCCCUACCAACGUGCAAUUCCCAAUCGUAUGGAUCGAGUCCUUUACUUAGUUCUGGCAAGUAACACGAGGAGGCAUUAUAUUCAUAGAUGUAAAUAUACUGCAACAAUUUUACAAUAAGGAUAAUUAUCAGUGUGAGCGAAAGAAAGUAGUUCUCAGAAGAAAAACAAUUAUCAGCAUCAUCAAGGGCCUAUCCUCCCGAAUCAACGCGAAACAGAUAUAACGAACCGCAGCACGAAGAUCAUUUGCGAAGUGCAACUGCUACUGAGUUAAGAAAAGUGACGUAAUGUAAAUUGAUAAUCGUGCUUCAUGUGCGGGUGUGUGUAUGUUUGAAUGUGAGUGACUUUACUUUGGGCCGAUUACAAACACUACGAAAAAUAUUACCAUCUCCAAACCUAAUCACAAAUUGUACCUUUUCAUCUACAUUCAUAAAAUGGACAAGAAGCCCACAAUUGUUUACAAUGGCAUGCAUAUCCCCGAGUGAUGGACACGAAACGAUUCACAUAUACAUUAUACAUUUCAAUUAUGUUAAUAAAGCUUCACUUUAAUUAAUUUCUAAAGUAAAGGCCACUAAAUCUAAUAAUCUCGUGAUGAAGACUCUAGACACUCCAAUAAAUAUGAGAUACUAGUAUUAACCUGAUUGUAUCAUCGAUUAUUUUAAAAUGGCCUAUACAUGGAUAUCGAAUCCCAAGUCAUACAUAUCGCUCCCUUGUGGGAGAAGUCAGACGUUUUAAUGUUAACAUAUAAAUGCUACUUCUCAUGAGGUAAUUUCAGACUAUACUUCCUUAUAUACAGACAUGCAUAUAUCAUGAUAGUUUUGUACAAUUUGUGAAUAACUAACCAAGUAAACAACAACCUAAAUGGCGAAUGAACUUGAUGUACAGAGAGAGCGAAUGAAGUAUUCCAGAGAGCGAACUGUGAGAAUAUUACUUUUUUUAGUGUCUCGAUAUUAAACCCAUAUAAAUAUAAAAUCAUUCUUUUCUCUAAUGUAUUGUCUUGUAUCAUAAUUUGCAGGAGAGAAUGUAAAAAGAUAUUCGACCUCCGUGUACAUACAUGACUAAUAGAUAUAUAUAUUUGUUUAGAACGUACCUAUAUAUUUCUCAUGGAAUUGGAGUGAUGGUGUGUUUGAGAACGUAAGGUGUAUAUUACAUUAUGAAAGCAUUUUCUCCCAGCGCUCUCUGAACUUCGGGCCGGAGUGACGUCAUACAAUACAUUAACAUGUAUACGAUCUUACGAUAUUCUUUCUGAUAUCACAAUUUUACAUCAGCCAGAUAUACCAACUAUUCAAGUAGUGUCAUUUUUUCUGUGCAGUAAGGAGAUUAUGGACUUUUUAGUCCUUUUAUACGAAACAGAUUCUAUGAAAUCUGAUUUCUCGAGCACAGACAAUUUAAACUGUUUUUGAUCACUUGGAUAUACAUCGAAUAUUCAUCAAUAAUUUAUUCUUCUAUUCUGUUGUAAGAAAACUAUAAUAUCGUUGUCUUAAAAUAAAACUUUAGCAUUUUAUUUUCGAAACGAAGUUUCGUUCUGAGUAUGUAAAAUGGCGCUUCUAUAGAAGAAGAAAAUAAUUAAUUUUCAUUAUGAAUUGCAUAAAUUUGGCAAACCACAUUUAUAACACUUAGCUCUCAGUUCCUCUUUCUACACGAUAUGUGAAGUAGCUGGUUUUCUUCUUUGUUGUUUAUUCUUUCCACAGCAAUAAUUUAUGUAGAAAUUCUUACAUUCAGUUGUUAUAAUUAUGCUAUCGAUCUCUUGUGUAAUUUAUUGUUUCGGUAUAGUGACAAUUUAUAAUUCUGUUUGUUAAGAAUUUAAGCUAAGUGUUUUCUUAAAAGUUUA